UUUUUCUCAUCUACCUUUGAGUUUCACUUUGAAACCUAAAAUGGCAUAAUUGUGAAAUGUAUUAUCUUACAAAUAGUUUUUUUAAAAAAAACUUCCAAUGUCAUUUCCACCAGAGGUAAUUCAGUUUAUCUACUUCAGUGAUUUUCCUGAUGUUCACUGUUUGGACUCUAAGGGACGCUGUUGGUCAGUCCAACAUUUUCUGUGUGUCGUCAUUCAGCCCAUCCCCUGGCUGACUGACUAUACAGUGAAGAAGGCUCUGUGUGUUUUGUCGAGGUUUAGGGCUCGUAAGAGAGGAGAUGGUUUCAUAGGUUUCCAUGUAACGGUUGAAGAGCUGUUUUUAGUGACCAGGACACGGAUAUAUCAGAGCAGCUUCACCAUCAUAUCAACUGGACAUAAAUCAUCUUUUUUUAUUCAUUGUUACCAUGAUGGCAAUUCGAGGAUCUCUCACCUACACAUCCGCAAGAUGGCGAUUGUUUUAUGGAUUUCGAAGGCAAAUAGGACUGCUUAUGUUGCUUCUUUAUGCGGUGAACAUGGUAGGUGGUCAGAUUCGUUAUUCUAUCCCAGAGGAGAUGAAGAAAGGCUCUGUUAUCGGUAAUGUAGCGCAAGAUCUGGGUUUGGAUCUGAGAAGGCUCCGUUCUGGGCGGGCCCGUAUCGUGACCGGAGAAAACAUCCACUACACCGAGCUGAAGGCAGACAAAGGGAUUCUAGUCGUGAACGAGAGAAUAGACCGAGAGCAGCUUUGUGGAGACGUAACUCCGUGUAGCUUCAGCUUUGAGGUCAUUUUAGAAAACCCAAUCGAACUGCACAGAGUAACUGUAAUGAUCCAGGACCAGAACGACAACCCUCCUCAGGUCCUGUACCCAGUCCAGACUGGAGGCUCUCUGGUAGCUGAAAUGGUGCCUCGUUCAGCAGAUGUGGGCUAUCUGGUGACUAAAGUGGUGGCUGUUGAUGUGGACUCUGGACAGAAUGCCUGGCUCUCCUAUAAACUGCAGAAAGCCACAGACAGGGCGCUGUUUGAAGUGGGCUUACAGAAUGGAGAAAUAAGAACUAUCCGCCAAGUGACUGAUAAAGAUGCUGUGAAACAAAGACUGAGUGUUAUAGUGGAGGACAACGGGCAGCCCUCUCGUUCAGCUACAGUCAUUGUUAACGUGGCGGUGGCGGACAGCUUCCCUGAAGUGCUGUCUGAGUUCACUGACUUUACACACGACAAGGAGUACAAUGACAACCUGACUUUUUACUUAGUGUUGGCUUUGGCUGUAGUUUCCUUCCUCUUCAUCACGUGUUUAGUGGUUAUUAUCUCAGUGAAAAUCUACAGAUGGAGACAGUCUCGCAUCCUGUAUCACUCCAGCCUGCCUGUGAUUCCAUAUUAUCCACCACGUUACUCAGACACUUUGGGGACAGGGACUCUCCAACACGUGUACAAUUACGAGGUGUGCAGGACGACUGACUCCAGAAAGAGUGACUGUAAGUUCGGCAGAGCCGGUAGUCAGAACGUGCUGAUAAUGGACCCCAGUUCUACAGGGACGAUGCAGCGGAUACAGAGUGAGAAGAGCAUCCUGGAUGAACCAGACUCUCCUCUGGAGCUGCAUUGA